GGGCAGGGCUCGGGGGCGCGGGCGGGUGGCGGGGCGGGGCGGCACAACGGCGGCUCCGCCCCUUCCGGCCGGCGGUGGCACCGGCGGGACCGGGGCCGCUGUCGGACGCUGACGGUCUCUGUGCCUCUUCAGGGACGUCUGCGGCUCCUCCCCCGGUGCCCUCCGGGUCAGGCCCCGCCGAGCGCCGGCGCGGACGGCAGACCCCGGUCCCAGGGCGCUGGAUGUGCCGGGCUGUGGCCGUCCGGGGGAGCCGUGGCCGUGCCGUGCUGCCAGCGAUGAUUCCCCGCUGACAGGUACAGCCCGGCCGUCUGCCGCUCUCCGGUCACCACGGAAAUCCCGCCGCUGCCCGUUUGCCCCGAGCUCUGCAGCUGCCCUCUCCCUGGGAAGCGCCGUGUCCCCUGGGGGGAUGUGGAGCCACCCAGGGCCUGGCCCAGCAGCGCAGGCUGAGCGGCGCUGACUGCAGCUGGGGAUGGUUCCGCUGGUGCCUGUGCUGAGGCUCAGGUAGGAGCCGGGCCAUGGGGGCUGCACCAGGACCAGCAUCUCCCUGCUGCCCUCCGUAGCUCAACAGCAGCCCUGGCUACCUUGGCGGGCCACCAUGGACCAGCCCACUCGUGUGCCUGGGCCCCGCCGGCUUCUGGGCUGCUUCAGGCGGAAGCCACAGGCCGUCGGUGGGGAGGCACCACCAGAACCGGAGCCAGAGGCAAAGGAGCCCGAGGAGACACGUGUGGUGCUGCCCCUGGGCGAGGGCCAGGCGCUGGAGGAGUGUCCCUUGUGCCUGCUGCCCCAGCCCCCCGAGGCCUUUCCCAGCCUGGCCUCCUGCUCGCACCGCUCGUGCCGGGCCUGCCUGCAGCAGUACCUGUGCCUGGCCGUCAGCGAGAGCCGCGUGCCCGUGCCCUGCCCGCACUGCCCCGCCGCGCUCCAGCCCUCCGACGUGCACCGGCUCCUCCCCGAGCCCGCCCUCCGCGACAAGUACGAGGAGUUCCUGCUGCGGCGGCUGCUGGCGGCUGAUCCUGGCACCCGCUGGUGCCCUGCACCUGACUGCAGCUACGCUGUCUUUGCCCAUGGCUGUGCCGAAUGUCCUCGCCUCACCUGUGGGCGUGAGGGCUGUGGCACCGAGUUCUGCUACCACUGCCGGCAGCCCUGGCACCCUGACGGCCCCUGUGCUCCGACCCCCAGCCUGGCCACCCCCACAGCACAGCUGGCCCAGCCGGAGGAGUUGGCUCACGCUGAGGCUGAGGACAUCAAGGUCUGUCCUCGCUGCAGCGCCUUCAUCAUGAAGAUCAACGAUGGGAGCUGCAACCGCAUGAACUGCACGGUCUGUGGCUGCCUCUUCUGUUGGCUCUGCCUGCAGGAGAUCUCUGAUGUGCACUUUCUGAGCCCCUCUGGCUGCACCUUCUGGGGGAAGAGGCCGUGGUCACGGACCCGGAGGAUCCUGUGGCAGCUGGGCAUGGUGCUGGGAGCGCCCAUGGUCAUCUCCCUUGCUGCGGGUGUUGCUGUCCCUGUCAUUACCAUUGGGAUCCCCAUCUACAUGGGUAGGAAGGUGCUGGGCCAGAGCCGGCGAAGCAGCCUCUCCGGGUGCCAGCAGUGCCUCUCUGUCACCAGCAGCGUCCUCCUCUCUCUCUUUGUGUCCCCCAUCAUAACAGCUCUCACUGUGGGCGUCGGCGUGCCCCUGGUGCUCACCUACGUGUACGGGACCGUGGUGCUGUCGCUGUGCCGGAGCCGCUGGGGCUGCAGGGGCGGCCGCACGCCCGGGGACCUCGGCGUGGUGGAGCUGGACAACCUGGCCAAGUUGAACGAGCUGUGGUCAGUGCUGCCCAGCCCCAGACCAGGUGAGGAUGGAGCUCCAGACCCUGCUGCCUCCCUCCCCAGCAGCAGCCGCAGUACACGCCCGGGACCAGUGUGGCCAGAACGGGACAACCAGUCAGCCAGCACAGUGGCCCUUGCGGGGAGCAUGCUGAGUGAGGGCCAGGACACCUCUGACAGGGAAGGUGUUACCAUCGAGGUGGAGGUGUCCGUGGAAGCGGUGCCACGUUCUGCCCGGCAGCAGAGCCUCAGCAGUGCCCUGUCUGGGCAGAGCCUCUCUGGGGACUCCCUGGGAGCCACCAGUGACAGGGGCAGCUCCGUGGGCGUCCCUGUGGAGUGAUGGGGGCCUGAGGGGGAGAGUCAUGAUUCACACACAGGCCCUAUGCCCUCCCGUGUCAGAGCCAGUCCCCCUCUGCCAGCACACCCAGUCCUGGGAGCUGGGUCCUGGUGGGUGCAACUGCCCCCAGCACUGCUGCACCCUGCACUAGCCCUGUCGGCCCCUUUCCCAGAGGCACCACUAGGAAAUAAAGCUGCUUACCGAGGGUCCCUCUGUCUCCUGUGGCAAAACUCCCCUGAGAGCACAGCCCCCUGGCAGCCCAGUGGCGUGCAUGACAGGCAUCACAUCUGCACCUGUGUGAGGAAGAGGCCACCCAGGCCAUGCAGGGGUUAUCCUGGCCUCUCCCUGCCUGUACCAGCUGAUCUGCCCUGAGAGCAGGCUGCAGGGUUAGGGGAGGGCAGCAGCCCCCGAGCUCCCGUCUCUGGUGCUGGUCCCCACAUGGAUCCAUCCUGCAGCAAGGCCAGUGUGGAGGGCCCACCAUGGGCUGUAGGUGGGGACUUAUUGCCAGAUGGAUUACAUAGUCUCAGGCACUGGGAUCCUUGCCACUCUGACUCCACUGCAGCAUCCUGGGGAAAAAAAAGCUGCUCCUGAAUGUUUUGCUGCUCAGAGUUGGGUAGUCACAGAAUGAGUAAAGGAUUUGGGUUGGAAAGGAACUUAAAGCUCAUUGCUCUCCCUGGCCAUGGGCAGGGACAUCUUCCACUAUCCCAGGUUGUUCCAGGCUUCAUCCAGCCUGGCCUUGAACACUUCCAGGGAUGAGGCAGCCACAGCUUCCCUGGGCAACCUGGGCCAGGGCUUCACUAGGGAAGGAUUUCUUCCUAAUAAUCCAUCUAAACCUGCCCUCUGGCAGUGGGAAACCAUUUCUCCUUGUCCUAAAGUAUUAGUUAUUUCUGCAGUACCUGAGAGCCUGAGCUGAGGCAGCUUUGCUUGGUGACAUUAAAACCAGUUUGUCUCAAUUGCCA